AUGUACUCCAAGGUGUUCCUCUUUGCCGUUGUCGGCGUUGCAAUCACAUGUAAGUGGUUUUUAGGGGCUUUACUGUUUUGCGAGAUCAGAGAUUCACGUUUUCCCAUUUACGAUUAGAGCAAUGUUAGUUUUUUUCGAUUGCAGAUGCAUUCAAAAUUCCCCUUCCAUUUGGCCAGAUAAACGUCGACAAAGAAGAAGACGGGACGGUGAAUGCUGGUGUCAACUCGAAUAUAAAUAUUCUUGGAUACGGUGGAAGUUCCGGUCUUGAAGUGACUUCGAAGAAUGGCAGCUUGGCUUUAAAACGUGAGUGAUAUUACUUUAAUUAGCUUGAAAAUAGUGGUUUUACAGUUCACAUUAGGGUUCGGACGGGGUAUAUACCCAAAUACCCGAGAGGCCGGAAAUUUUCGGAUAUUUAUGGGUAUAUUCAAAUUACUUUUGCAUUCAAAAAAUUUUUAGAAAAAGUCGAGUUUUGUCAUAAAAAAUCAAUAAAUGUUGACAUUUUGUCGUAAUUUGUUUUUUGCCUCUCAAAACUUGGUCGUAAGUAGGGUUCAGAAAAUUCGGGUAUAUUCACCACGCGGCUAUAUACCCGGGUAUAUACCCGAAAUCUCGGGUAUAUUCGGGUAUUUAUAAAAUUAGCCUAAAUUAGUCCAAUAUAGUACCAAUAUAAAGUCGUUAAUGAAUAAGUGGCAACUUAUUCAUUAACCUAAUCAUGUUUGGAGUGAUAUUUUUUAUUUUCCCAACUACAACAAACGAAACUAGUACUUUAACAAUGAAGAAGUUUAGCAAUCCAAUAUUUGGCAGCCUGGUUUAGAAUUUUUUCCCGUUCAUUUUCCGACUCCGGCCAAGUAAGUUUUAACCUUAGAACCAAGUUUUGAGCAGCAAAGAACAAAUUAUGACAAAACGUCAACAUUUAUUGAUUUUUUAUGACAAAAAUUGACUUUUUUUUACAUUUUUUGAAUGCAAAAGUAAUUUGAAUAUACCCAUAAAUACCCGAAAAUUUCCGGCCUUUCGGGUAUUUGGGUAUAUACCCGGGAAUAUACCCCGGGUAUAUACCCCGUCCGAACCCUAGUUGUAAGGUUGAAAUUUACUUGGCCGGAGUCGGAAAAUAAACGGGGAAAAAUUGAAAAUCUGACUGCCAAAUAUUGGAUUGCUAAACUUUUUGAUUGUUAAAGUACUAGUUUUGUUUGUAGUAGUUGGGAAAAUAGAGAAUAUCACUCCAAACAUGAUUAGGUUAAUGAAUAACUUGCCACUUAUUCAUUAACGACUUCAUAUUGGUACUAUAUUGGACUAAUUUAGGCUAAUUUUAUAAAUACCCGAAUUUUCCGAACCCUAGUUCACAUUGGUUGUAAUAAGACGAUUUGGCUUUACGUUAGUGUUUUAAUGUGUAAUUAUCUAUGUUAAUUCGUCUCCAACUUUCAGCCCAAGCAGCAAUCCUCGCUAACAACACCGCCUAUGGAGCCAAUUCAACUUACUCUGUGGACAAGAAAGAGGGAAUUGUGGCUGACACUGAUGUAGAUGCUGGAAAUCACACCUUCCAUGGUGGAGUUGGAAAAGAAUCUCAAUUCGUCAACGAAGUGGGUGACGCCGUCAAGUCCAAGAAGAAUAAGAGAGGUCGCGCGUAA